CCCCGUGCAAGUGCUCCUGCUCCCGCCGCCGCCGGAAUCCACGACCGGCAAGGCGGCACCGACGAGGGGGACGUUUUUGUGGUCCUCUGUCCAGCAAGGGAGCCGGUUGGCCUCUUGUACGCGCGUCCGGUGUGCUCUGCGUGCCCACCCUCCGGCACGAUGCCGCCGGCGCCGGCGUACGCGGUCCUCGCCGCCGCCUUCAGGACCAAAAAGCCCCUCUUUGUUCCUAGGUGGUUCGGCGGUCUUGGUUCGUGCACGUCAACUGUUUGGCGGAAUGCGUCAGAGGUGCUUCCUGACGCAGCCUUGCCUCCACGCUUUUGCCCAACUGUUGUUCCAAGAGGAUAUGUUCUCGGAGCACCGAGGCUUUGCCAUACCAGCGCUUCGGAGGAUUCUCGGGAUGUCUGCAUUGAUCAAGUUCUGAGGAUUCUCAAGUCCAGCGACGGCGAUACUGACCUUGGCAAAGCUCUCCAUCGGUUUGCCGGUGAGAUGGAUGAGGAUGUUGUUCUGAGAGUCCUACAGAAGCAGCGGUCGAAUUGGCAGGUUGCGCUGUUGUUUUUCAAUUGGGCUGCCGGGCUGCCUGCGUAUGCCCAUGGUCCAAGGACCUACACUGAGAUGCUCGACAUCCUUGGGCGAAUGAAGAAGGUCAAGCUGAUGACACAGCUCUUUGACGAGAUCCCUGAAGAGCGGCGGGGAUUGGUCGUGACGAACCGGACGUUUGCUGUCCUGUUGAACCGGUAUGCAGGGGCGCACAAGGUGCAAGAAGCAAUCGAGAUGUUCUACAAGAGGAAGGAUUAUGGAUUUGAGGUCGACUUAGUUGGCUUCCAGAUACUUCUGAUGUCGCUUUGUCGGUACAAGCAUGUCGAGGAGGCAGAGGCCCUCUUUCUCCAAAAGAAAGAUGAGUUCCCUCCUGUCAUAAAGAGCUGGAAUAUUAUUCUUAAUGGCUGGUGUGUCAAGGGAAGCCUGCCUGAUGCUAAAAGAAUUUGGAACCAGAUCAUUGCAUCUAAGCUUAAGCCGGACCUGUUCACCUAUGGUACAUUCAUAAAUUCACUGACCAAAGCAGGUAAACUUAGCACGGCGGUGAAACUGUUUACAAGCAUGUGGGAGAAAGGAAUAAAUCCUGAUGUGGCGAUUUGCAACUGUAUUAUUGAUCAAUUGUGCUUCAAGAAAAAGAUUCCAGAAGCACUUGAUAUUUUCCGUGAGAUGACUGACCGUGGUUGUCAAGCAGAUGUGGCUACCUACAACACUUUGAUAAAAUACUUCUGUAAGAUUAGGCGGACAGAGAAAGUGUAUGAGCUUUUGGAUGAUAUGGAGAACAAGGGCUGCUCUCCGAACAAUAUGACAUACUCCUACAUUCUGAAGACUACUGAGAAACCCAAAGAUGUUAUUCAUUUGCUUCAGAGAAUGGAGAAAUCAGGUUGUCGGUUAGACUCUGACACAUAUAACUUAAUAUUGAACCUGUAUGUCAGUAUGAAAUAUGAAAACGGAGUACAACAAGUAUGGGAUGAGAUGGAGAGGAAUGGAUCAGGUCCAGAUCAGCGAUCAUUUACCAUUAUGGUUCAUGGACUUCACUCCCAGGGAAGGCUGGAUCAGGCCUUGCAAUAUUACACAACAAUGAAAUCCAGAGGGAUGACACCCGAACCAAGAACAAGGAUAUUGGUGAAAGCAAUACAUAUGAAGAAAGAUGGACCUGCUGUAGAAGAUCAGUCUCCAAGCAUGGUAGGGGAGAAUCUAAAACUGGAUCCACUAUCAGGACUAUUCCGAGUUCGUAAAUAGUUCAUCUGCAGAUUCUGCUGCUGUAAUCUUAGCUAUUGGUCUGGGCACAUGGGUUCUUAGGGAUGAGAAAAUCUAGGCUAUGAGUGGCCAGGUCAUCAUGCCCACCUCUUGGGCUGAAAGAAAUUCAGAAGAAAAGAGUCAUUGACAAUAAUGGUGUCCAAAGUUCUUUGAAUUGAGCAGGAUAUGUUUUGGAUGUAUUGGGUGAUUCAACUGCAGGUACUUGUUUAGAUGCUUGUAUUCUGGUGUAUUUGUGAAAUACUUGCAUCUUCUUUU